AUGCAUACCCCUUCUCUUGUUCAGCUCCUGGCCACUGGCCUGGCUGCCACCACCGCUGUCGCCAGCUUCGAGGUCGGCCACACCGGCGGUCUGGCUCGCCGCAGCCUCGGAGCUCUGGUCGCCAUCGCCGCUCCGGCUUUCGCCGCCCCCGCUGUGGAGGUCGAGGUCCGCGCCCCGCACCACCAGGGCAAGGGAAAGAAGGGCAAGGGAGGCAAGCGUGGCAAGAAGAACAACCGCCGCGACGCCGAGGAGGAUGACGAGGCCGUUGAAGCCCGUGAUGUCUCUGAGGACCACACCCAUGAGGACGUCGAGAAGCGUGAGCCCCACCACCAGGGCAAGGGCAAGAAGGGCAAGGGCGGCAAGCGUGGCAAGAAGAACAACCGCCGCGAUGUGACCGAGGCCGACGACGACGAGGCUGUUGAGGCCCGUGACGUCUCCGAGGACCACACCCACGACGAUGUUGAGAAGCGUGAGCCCCACCACCAAGGCAAGGGCAAGAAGGGCAAGAAGGGUGGCAAGCGCGCCAAGAAGAACAACCGCCGCGAGAUCGAGGAGGAUGUCGAGGCCCGCGAUGUCGCCGCUGACCACACCCACGACGAGGCUGACGCUGAUGUCGAGAAGCGCGAGCCCCACCAUCAGGGCAAGGGCAAGAAGGGCAAGAAGGGUGGCAAGCGUGGCAAGAAGAACAACCGCCGUGACGUCGACGACGCUGUCGAGGAUGUCGAGGCCCGUGAUGUCUCUGAGGACCACGACCACGACGAUGUCGAGAAGCGCGAGCCCCACCAUCAGGGCAAGGGCAAGAAGGGCAAGAAGGGUGGCAAGCGCGCCAAGAAGAACAACCGCCGUGACGUCGAUGACGCUGUCGAGGAGGUCGAGGCCCGCGACGUCGCCGCUGACCACACCCACGACGAGGCUGACGCUGAUGUCGAGAAGCGCGAGCCUCUCCCCCAGGCCAAGGGCAAGAAGGGCAAGGGCAAGCGCGGCAAGGGUAAGAAGGGCAAGGGCAAGGGCAAGCGCGGCAAGGGCAAGGGCAAGAAGGGCAAGAAGGCCAACUAA